AUGUGUGAAGAAACAACGAAUUAUCUUUGGGCAGAACAAGAUGUACUUGGACGUGGUGCUACAUCUCAAGUAUAUAAAGCAUAUAAUAAAACAACAGGAGAAUCAGUUGCUGCUAAAGUUUAUCCAGUAUCAUCUGAUCAGCGUUCACAAUAUGGAAGAAAUGCAAAUCAAGCUCAACCAAAAGAUUUUCGUCGAAUAUUAGAUCGCGAAAUGGAGAUACUUAAAGCUACUAAUCAUGAAAAUAUUAUUCGAUAUAUUGGAGUUGAACCAGUUAAAUCACUUGAUUCAUCAUCAAUGGGCACUCGUGAAGCUUUAUUUAUUGAAUAUUGUAAUGGUGGAAGUUUACAUAAUGUUCUUGAAUUACCUGAAAAUCGUUAUGGCCUUAUCGACGAUGAAUUUAUGUUAGUUUUUAGACAUCUUAUUAAUGCACUUCAAUAUUUACAUGAUAAAAAUACCAUUCAUCGGGAUAUAAAGCCAGAUAAUAUAAUGCUUUCGAUUAAUAUCAAUGGUGAACGUACAUAUAAAUUAGCUGAUUUAGGUGUUGCUCGUCUUAUAAAUGAAGGUGAAAUGGCUUUUACUUCAAUUGUUGGAACGGAAGAAUAUAUUCAUCCUGUUUUAUAUCAAGCUGCUUUACCUGAUAAAGAAACAAAUAUUCUACCAACAACAUUACAAACUCGUGUAAAUUUUCCAUUUGAAGUUGAUUUAUGGUCACUUGGUGUUACACUUUAUCAAUGUGCAACUGGUGAACUUCCAUUUCAACCAUUUGCUGGUGCACGUAAAGAUCGAGCAGUUAUGAGACGUAUUUUAGAUUCAAAACCAACUGGUGUUAUUUCUGGUAUUGAAAAAAUACAAGGUGGAGAAAUUAAAUGGUCUAAAACAUUACCUGAUUCAUGUCGUGUAUCACCAAGUCUUAAAUAUCGAUUAGAACUUUUAUUACAACGUUUACUUGAAUCACAAUUAAAUAAAUUAAUGAAAUUUCAAGAAUUUUUUAAUGAAACUGAUCGUAUUCUUAAUUUAAUGCCAAUUCAUUAUUUAAAUUUAAAACGUUUUCAAUUAUCUUGUGGUUAUUUUGAACCAACACAAUCCAUAAUGAAAUUAUAUGAUGAAUUAAUUCAACAAAAUGGUGAUGAAAAUAAUGUUGAUUAUUAUUGUUUAUUUCAAAAUGUACCAUAUCCAAUAUCAAAAACAAAACCAAUCUCAAUAAAAAUGUUCUGUGAACAAUUACCAAUACCAACAUCACGUGAAACUCCACUUGUUUUUUAUACAUUUUCACCAUUAAAAUAUACUGAUUCAUAUUCACCAAAACUUCUUGUACCUGAAGUAAAACAAAUUCGACAAAAUAAUGACGUUGCUGCUGCAUGUGAUUGGGCUAAAGAUAUAGUUGGAUUAUUUUUUUAUGUUAAAAAUCAAUUAAUUGAAUAUCAACAUAUAUUACAAACUGCACAAUGUUCAACAACAAUAAUGCAACAGCAUUUAAAAUCAAAAUUAUUAGAAUUUCUUUGUUUAAUUCGUUCAAAACUUAUUGUUUUUCGUUCAAUUGAAGAAUUAAAAAAUAUUCUUGAUCAAAUUGAUAGUAGUACAAGUGGACAAACAAUAUCAACACAUAAUUCAUCAACGAAUGUAAAUAAUGGUACUGGAUCUUCAGGAAGAUCACAAGCAAGUGGUGAAGCACCAUCUAUUGGUUUUUCACAUUUAUUAAGUAAUAUAUCACCAAAUGAUAAUAAUUCAUCACCAGGAACAACACGUCGUCCAUCAUUAGCAUCUUCGAUGCAACUUGUUCAACAAAGUACUCGUACUUAUCUUCGUUUAUAUUCUCAACCAUAUGAUGAAUUAAGACAAUGUGAAGAAAAUAUUUUAAAAAUGAUUGAACAAGAAUUUGGUGGUCAAUUAACUAUGAUUGAUGAUCAACAACCAUUUGUUAAUACACUUUGGUCAUCAGAUAAAACUAAAACAUAUUCAACAUGGAUUCAUCGUAUAGAUAAACAUCUUAAAGAUUUAAAUGAUGUUUAUGAAAGUUUUCGUCAGGAUCGUUUAUUAAGUACUUAUAAUCGUUUACAAAUUGAUUCACAUUUUAUUCGUCGAAAAAAAUUCGAUAAUCUUCAUGUUAAAUAUAUACAUUUUGCUACUGAAGAAUGUUAUCCAAAUCUUGUUCAAAUUUUUCAUGAUUAUAAUGAAUGGAUACAACAACGUUCCGACAUGAUUCAUAAUUUUGAACAUAUUCAACAAACAUAUGAAAAACAAUGUGAAAAUAUAAUGAAUUAUGUUGAUAUGAUUGAUCAUCUUCGUACAGUUGUUUAUAAAAAUAUUCGUCAAUUAGGUAGUGCAUCAACAUUUUCACCAACAAAUGAACAAAGUCAAACGUCAUCAUCUGUACCGGCUCAUUUUGAAGCAUUGCCACAUUCAGAAAUUAUUGUAAAUAAACAACUAGCAUCAUCAAGUUAUGAAGAAGAUAAUCCAGAGUAUGCAAAUAGAACAUUAAUGAAUAAAAUUCGUGGAACAACAAAACAAACUAUUCAACAUGCAGAAGACAGUCUUAGUAAAUUAGAUAAUGUUCUUAAACAACUUCGUACACAUAUGACAAAAAAAUAA